UUUUUGACGUGCACCAUGACCCGCCUCGAGGCUGCCUAUCCGUUUCUGCCUUCCUUAGUCCGACUUCCUGCAGAGACUUUCCAUCGUCCCGGCGAUCGCAUCAGUUGGAGCAGCACGCGGCCCGGUGGUCGGGCACGGUCUUGGACUCUUAGUCAGCGAUUGACUUACUAAAUGCCUCACUCCCGUCGCAGAGCUUGCACAGUCCAAUUUACAUGUUUCGGACCUACUCAAACAUUUCAAUUGGCUUUGUCACGAAAUGUGACCUCCAAGCGCAUCCUAUCCUCCUUUCUCGACAUAGACACAUUCCUUCCUUCUAACAUUCCUUUCGCUUUUUGAGAGCCUGAUAACCGAGUUCAAGCGGAUCUGCUAACGUCUACCACAUCUAUAUCUGUCCAACUGGCCACGAACCAUCCUGACUUCAUUCAACUACAUACUUUAUGAACCAUGGCACCUCUAACGGCACCUCCGGUCCCUGGUCCAACACCCACAUCCAAGAUGGCUCCGUCCCCCAAGUUCAUCGGUGCAGUGGAGGACGAGUGGGAGUUGUAUAGUGAUGAUUUCUCCGACUACACAGUGGGCGCGCCUAUCGGGUUCGGAGCCUCGUCCAUAGUUUAUGCAGCGGAGUACAGGCCACGGUCGAGAAACAGCAAGCGCAUCCCGUGCGCCCUCAAAGUACUCGACCUCGAUUCCCUUCCACCUCAUGCUUUGGCGCUUCUGCAACGGGAGACGACUCUGAUGUCGCUUUCCAAACAUCCGAACGUCCUGCGAGUCCGUGGCUCGUGGAUGGACGGGCACAAGCUGUACAUUGCCCUGCGGUUGAUGAACAAGGGCAGUGCUGCUGAUGUGAUGCGAUAUGGCUGGCCGGGAGGGAUGGAGGAGGACGUGAUACGGUGCAUUCUGCGGCAAGCCUUGCAGGGGCUCAACUAUCUGCAUGUGAAUGGCUUCAUCCAUCGAGACGUCAAAGCGGCGAACUUCCUCAUUGACGAUGAUGGCACCGUUCUACUCGGUGAUCUAGGUGUGGCGGCAGAUCUCGCUGAAGACACGUCAAGACCGCCCGUUUCCCAGAGCAGGAAACCGCAUAUGAUCACAGCGGAGGCUGCAGUUCGAGCUGUCAGUCCUGCGCAAGCCAAACGCCCGUCGCUCGAGGGGGCCUUCAAUCCGGUCCGACCUAGGAUGGGCAAGCGCAAGUCUUUCGUUGGCACGCCCUGCUGGAUGGCACCCGAAGUGAUACAAGCAAGGCAAUAUGAUUCCUCUGCCGACAUCUGGAGCUUUGGUAUCACUGCGCUGGAGCUUGCUCAAGGGCGCCCUCCUCGGUCCCGCGAAAGUUCGUCUCGGGUUCUCGUAAGAAUUAUUCAAGAAGAUGCGCCUUCACUGGACCGCGACAAUUGCACAUUCAAAUAUUCCCAGUCGUUCCACAAGAUGAUAACCGCUUGUCUCGAAAAGGAUCCAACGAAAAGGUACCGCUCCCCCUUGUCGUCGUGGCCCGAAAUAGAGCUCAUCGGACUCAGGCCCACUGCCGAGGAAUUACUGCAGAGCUCGUUCUUCAAAGGCUCGAAGGAGAAGUCGUAUCUCGUCGGUGCCAUCUUAAAGGAUUUGCCCCCGUUGAGCCAACGGCAAGAAAGGCGGGUCGCUCGCAAUAUUGUCUCUGCUCAUGGGACUGUCGACUCGUGGGACUUUGCCACAACGGUCAAUUCACCUUCCCUGGUUCGGCAGGCAUUUCUCGACGAGGCUUUCGACGAAGAGAACACUUUCAAGCGCCGAUCCAACAUCGUUUCAUGGGUCGAAGAACAGGAGGAAGAGGCUGUUGCACUCGAGCCUGAAUCCAGUCCUGAGGGAGAGACUGAUGACCCCAUAUUUUCCGAACCGGAAUUUCCUGGUGCAACUACGAGCGAAAGCUCACUUUCGUCUCGCAGUAGUAUCGACCUGACCGGCGAAGAAGACGCCGCACUGGACAAGAUGGCCCCUCUCCCUCCGCCGUCCAUGGCUAUCUCUGAGCCAGUCCCCGUCCCAAAGGUGCCGAUGUCCGCCGCCGACAUUCUGAAUGUUCCCACCUCGUCCAGCUUCAACUCCUCCCUUUCGGUAUCACCGAACUCAUCUAGUUUCUCUUCCUCGUCGUCUCCCAGUCUGUGGAGGAAGAUCAAAGGCUUGAGGAAAGCACCGGGUGAGCGACCACAGGACACCGUUGUUGGCCGAGCCAAGUUUUAGUAUCUAGUUCAUUAUCUG